GCCCGGCAGCCUCGCGGUGGGGGAGGUCGGGGAGGGGGCGAUAAGAUGGCGCAGGGGGCGGAGUGAGGUGCAGUCGUUCACCUAGGCUUGGGCCCGGCUUCUGGAGAUGAAAUGAUGUGAUUCCUGGGACUUGCUUCAAAAUAAUCUGGUAAAGGGGGAAGUGGAUGGGGCAAGGUUAGCUAUGGGUCGAUAGUUGUUGGAGCUGUGUGAUGCGUAUGUGGGAAUUCAUUAUACUAUUACGCUGUUUUUGUAUAUGUUUUAAAUUAUAAUAAAAAGUAUUUUUUAAAAUGAGGAAAUAAAAUUGUGAAGAGAAUGAUUUGUGAAAGUUAAAUGUUAUAUGUAUAUGGUAUUCUGCAUGCUUUUGCUCCUAGACCUAUUGGAACAUUCUAUGAGAGAAGCUCAGAAGAGCCAGCUCUGUGCCUGUGGAUGUCAUGUGGCAUAGGAAUUGAUGCUUUCAGUGGUUAUGAAGAAUAGUGGUCCUUUGUGUGCACAGUAAAGUUUGCAAGUAGUGAUGUUUUUCUUCCAAUGAGGAAGGUGGGAGUCAAUCAUUUUGACAAGUCUCCUGAAAAGAACAGCUAGCAGGAGCUGAACCCUUUUUCCAUUUGGUCUCGUGGCAAAGGCAGAGAUCACACCAGCAGCUCCACACAAUAUGCCGUGCUCACUAGUGCCCUCUGAACAGUCUUCUGGUACCUCUCUUUUGCCUAAAGACAAUGCCCCAUUUUCUUGGGAUUCCUUGGAUGAGGACGGAUUGGAUGACUCCUUGCUGGAGCUGUCUGAUGGGGAAGAUGAUGGCCAUUUCAGUUUCACGGAGGAAGAGAUUCAGGAACUCUUGAAGGAUGAUGACCUAUCAAAUGAGCACUUUUCUUGGGGAGGAGGCUUGCCUAACCAUGACAGCAGGAAUGUUGAGAAGGGAGGGAAAGGGAGUCAAAUUCCACUUGAUACUCCCCAAGAGAAAAAUUCAUUGUACAGCUUGGGACCAGAAGCUGAGACCACUAGCCUCUUCAAACUACCUCAACUAAAUACAUCAGUUGGUCAUGGACCAACUCCUCCUAAACCAUUGAACAGACGCUUUGCACUAGAAAAGAAUCUUAUAAAAGUUACAGUUGCACCAUUUGAUCCAACAGUUUGUAAUGUUGUACUUGAUAAGGACAAGACUGAUACAUCCAAAGUUACUGAAAAACCCUCCUCCCUUGGAGAAGAGAUGAGAGAAGAUGGUCUUAGCCUAAAUGAGAGCACAAUUUGCACAGAAUCUGAAGGGAUCAGCCUCAGUAACUCUGCCUAUGAUGGGUCCCCACUCCCUUUUUCAAACAGUAACUUUCAACAAACUGUCUCUGAUAAAAAUAUGUCUGACAGUAAGAAACCUACACCUGUAUUCUCUCAGAUCUUGGACCAUUCAGAAACUCCUAAUACAGGGUCAGCCUGGAGAAAUGGAUCACAUAAAUCAAGUUUUGAAAUGAGAUUUCCGGUUGUUUCCAGUUCAUCAAACAAAGAUGUUCUUGACAAGGAUUCUGGGAAGCUGAAGAUCCAUGAAAAAAGACUAGGCAAAGUCAUUCCUGUUCUGCAAACCAAAACAAGGACUAAUAUUCCGACGUUUUCACCAUCAGAUCUAGAAAAGCAGAAGCAAAGUUAUCUCAGGAAUGUCAUUGCUCAUAUAGAAGACCCAGUGGACUCUAACCAAGGUACCUUGGGGGAGCUGUGUGCCUUGAUGGGUCAAGUUCAUCACAUGCAGAACCCAAAAUGGCAGCAUCCUUCGGACCUCACCAGGCGAAACUACGCCCGGUUCCGACAGAAGUCUCUGCAAAGAUACAGUCUGACUCAGUGGGUUGACCAGAACAUGCGAAGCCACCAUCGGUUCCAGCGUCUACCAGAUUUCCCGUACAGUCCAUUUGUCUCCUCCCAUCAGCAGUGAAGGUCCCUAUCCAGGGUCCUGUCCAGAGCAGCGUCUCAUCUUCUGCUGUUUUGUGCUUUGUAGAUUUUGAAAUUUAUUUUUCACAACAUUUUAAUUUAAAGAACUCGUCACCUUUUGGAAAUGCCCAUUGCUGACUUGAAAUUUUUUGUAUAAGGUCCUUCCUGUUUAUGUGUGUGUAUGCAUUUAAGCAGUGUUGAGUUGAUAAUAGUUUUAAUUUUUUAAUUUAAAUUGAAGGUGGCUGCCGCCUGAAAGCCGGCAUUAAGUCAAAACACCCAGGAUCAAGCAAAACACCCACCUCUAUGCAGAGGUGAAGUCUACUUCUGGUGCCCAAAAGAAAUCAUCUUUUAAUCUCCUAUGAGGAAGAGAUUCUUUAUCAGGCUGCAAGCCAGUGUUAAUUAUUGCUGAUGACUUAUAAAUGGAUACAAGUCACUUUUAACAACGCCUCUUACCUUUUUUAUUUGAAUCUCCGAAUACCUGUCAGUAUUUUAAAGUUGGUAAUCCAGGACAUCUGAAGUAGUUGAAAGGACAAAUUAGAAGUGUAAAUCUUUUCUUCUUUUUGUACCUACUAGCUGCCUUUAUUUUUUGGCUUUUUUUUUUCAUUCUUCAUUAAAUUUAUUUUGCACAAUAGUGUUUACAAAUCUUGUACAUCUUAACUCUAACAGAAGACUGGUGACUAACAACCCCUGUUGAUUUGUGAUCUUGUGACUGUCUGCCUUCUCUGCCUUUCUUCAAGGAUAUUCCUUCUUUUUUCCCCAGUGAACUUAGGGCUCUACUGGCAUAUUCCUGUAUCCUGUUAGACAUAGAUAUGCCUCUUAAGAACAGCCUUACUGUGCUUUUUAUUGAAGAGCCACCCACCCAGAGUCUUGACUCUAGGACAGGCCAGAAAGCAGUGCUAUUGAGAGGUGUCAGUUGGUCUUCAGUUUCAUCUGCUGAACUCCAGUUCAAGUAUGAGUUGACGUGUUAGUGAGCUUCCAUCCUGUGGGAGAGACUUUGGAGAAGCUGUCUUUUGUCUCCAUUAUUAGUUAAUAAGAGGUGCCUUUUGAUCCAGGAUCUCCUUACUUGGUCAAACCUCUGAUGUACAGUUUUACAAAACUACUAAAGUGAAUCUAAAAUAGUUUUGAUUAAGCCUGUGCACAAAGCGUUACCGGAUCUUAAGGGUAAUGCUAUAUGCAGCUAUCUUAAUGGAUGUCUUAGUAGUUUGUUAUUCUCUUUACAGACAGCUCUAGACAUCUAUUGGGAGAUUUUGCAGUCUGGCAUUUGUGCUGCUGUUCACUCUGUGUGACGGUUGUACCUAGUUGCUAUAGCACACAGCCUGUGAUACUGGGCUCAUUGCCUCUGUCUGGUUUUGUUGUUCCAUCAGCCCCAUCUUUGUAUGCAAGUAACCCAUCUUAAACAUCCUACCCUGCUUUAGAAACUGAUUUGGGAGAAACUUGGUCAUAGUUACCAAUAAACUUAGAUGGAUAUCCCUAAGUGUUAACUAUUUCUAUCCAGUCAAGGAUUCUCUUUUCCUUCGACAUCUGGUUUAGAGUCUGGGACCAAAAUGCAAAGGAGAAGUUCUGUUCAAAGGCAAGAGUCAAAAUCUGUUAUUUCAGUUGGCAUUUCCUAUAUCAGUCACUUCUCCAGGUUUCCGUAAAUUAGUAUGAUGGAGUGGGACAAACAUCCACCUUUGGAACUAUAGCAUAGUUAGAAUUAAUUGUUGCUGGAAUAAUUAGCAUUGCAGCUGUCUUGUUCCCCACAGAUAGCCAAGGAGUAAAGGGACAGCCUUUUGCUUAGGCAAAAGUCUAAGACUCAUGUUCCUGCCUCCCUGGUACAGGAGGGUUUAAGACUGAUGUGUAAUGGGAGCAUCGCCUUUGCCAAAUCAAAUGAGUGAUGGGUUAACGAGAAAAUGUGACAAUCACAUUUCCUCUUUGCUCAGAUAAUUCUGUUUUUCAAGCUUUAGCAGCUUAAUUAAAUCUGUUGGACUGGGGGAGGAGAGAACUGUUCCCUAGCGGUUAACAUGGUAUUCUUUAAGAAGAAAAACAAAGCCAAAGAAAACUCAUUAUCAGGCAUGUUCGCCUUAAAGACGGUAGUGGGUAGAAUCUGGAGUUUUAAUCUGUUUUUAAAAGCUACAUAUCUCACAUUUAGUGUUGGCCUCUAAGUCUAAUUUUCGUGUAGAAUUCUUGCCGUGUUUUAUUUACAUAAGCGUUGUGUGCAUUUAACUGCCUACCUAGCUUUCUUUAUCUGUGAUGACAUUCUCGCCACGGGGGUCUUGACAAUGCAGAGUAGGAAUGUGCUGUUUACAUAGUUUACUUGUAUAUAAAGAGCCUGAAAUAACCUUAGUUUUGCAUCUAAUGCAGGCCCCAGUUUACUUUGGUUGUUGUCAGGAUCAAUUAUGAAAGUGAAGUUUGGUGCCUCCUCUUUAUCAUGUAUUUCUCCUUGUAGCAGUUGUAUUUAAUGUCAUUGCAAAGAAAUAAAAGUUCUUGUCGGUG